UCUGGCGCAUACUUCGACGACAAAUCUGUCGCCUCCUUCCCGAGAACAAUGGCAUUUCAAGAACUGCACGUGCCAUCCGAUCGACACUCGCUUCUUGUCUGCGGUUGUCUCGCUCGUCGUUCAGAUUGAAGGAUUGCCUAUUGCUUCACUCAAACAUGUUCUCGGUGUCUAAAAGUAGGAAACUUUAGAUGCCUGCUUGAGAUAUCAUAGAAAUGUCUGAUGUGAGAAAUCUGUGAUGAUGGAUGUCAUUAGACAAAUAGCUCCGGAACAAGCUGCAGAUUGAUGAGUGCAGGGUAGGUUCUUGGAUUAUACUUUUCCUCGGCCAAGAGAAAGCAGGAUUUCUUCCUCUGUUUUCUUAGCAAGACAACUUGACCUGAAAACUCGCACAACCUACGAAGAGCGGUUUGUCAAACUCUGUGAAGUUCGACUUUAGUUUCUUCAUAAAUAUUCUGAUGAAUUAACUUCAAGAAAGCUUUUCUUUUUUCCUUCUCUGUCCGAUGUUUACUGUUCAUCGUUUCUUAUCUGCAGGAUGGAACGUCUCACUGAAGCUUCGAUGAAGAAUUCAGCUACUGCAGUGGCGAGCAGGCUUAAUAAUUGGUGACCGUCAAUUUUGCACCUCUUCAACAGUUGUUGCGGGCCCCACUUGAAAAGCCAGUGAGGCCGGACAAGCGGAGUUUGGAGUCGCAGACUAUGGGGCUAUGUUCGCCAUUUCAUCGUUUAUUCUUAUCCCCUUCGUCCCCCACUGCCAGCCUCCUUAUACAUGCACGCCGCCACCACCGCUUACCACUGGCAUGGGAUCAUGGAGGAGGAAGAGCAGCAGCACGGCGAGACGCUUGUCUCGCCGACGGGGUUCCGGCGGUGGCUUGAGGCCGGGAACGAUGACACGCCGCCGACCGAUGCCCGGAUCGUGACGUCCGGCCAACGGCGACUCCCGGCUCAUUCCACCGUUCUGGCUUCGGCAUCUCCCGUGCUGGAGAGCAUGCUGCACCGACCACGCAAAGGUGGCAGUAACCGAGAAAUGGAGAUCCCCGUUCUUGGCGUUCCCUGCGAUGCUGUUCAUGCUUUCCUCCGUUUGCUCUACUCCGCCAGGUGCGUGACGCUUGCGGAGGAGGAGAUCGUCGGGGAGCACGGGAUGCACCUGAUGGUGCUGUCGCACGCGUACGGGGUCGGGUGGCUGAAGCGCGCGUGCGAGCGGGUGCUGUCGUCGCGGCUGACCGCCGAGGGCGUGGUGGACGUGCUGGUGCUGGCGCAGCAGUGCGACGCCCCCCGCCUUCACCUGCGGUGCAUGCAGCUGCUUGCCGAGGACUUUGCGGCGGUGGAGCAGACCGAGGCCUGGCGGUUCCUCCGGGACCACGACCCCUGGCUGGAGCUCGACAUCCUCCAGUUCCUCGAGGACGCCCACCUGAGACGGCGACGGCUGGGGAGGAGGAAGGCGGAGCGGAGGCUGUACAUGGAGCUGCACGAGACCAUCGAGUGCUUGCACCACAUCUUCAAGGAUGGAUACGCGGCGAUGGGGCACUCCGGCAGGGAGGAGAAGCGGGCCCGCUGCCCCAACCCCGUCACCUGCCGCGGCCUACGGCAGCUUGUCCGCCACUUGGCGGCCUGCGACAGCGAGAAGAGGCGCUGGUGCCGUCGGUGCAAGUGUCUCUGGCAGCUCCUCCGCCUCCACGCUUCCACCUGCACCGAGCUCGAUGACGCCUCCUGCGAAGUUCCCCUCUGCAUGCAAUUCAAGCGGAGGGUGCAGCGUAGGGAAGGCGAAGAAGCGGAUGGCGAUGACAAGUGGGGGAUGCUGGUGAAGAAGGUGGUCUCAGCUAGAGUUGUGUCCCACUUGGUGAAGAAGCACAAACAACCGGUACUGUAUCCAGGGGAUUCAAACUAGAACAGCAGCUUUAGCCGAGUAGUUCGCUUGGUUGCUCCUCCAACUCUUAUGUUGCUUUGUUCUUCGGUUCACCAUCCUUGUCUUGUGUAAAUUUAUCCAGGUAUA